CCUGGCGGCGGUUGGAGGGCGGCUCGCGGACGGAGUGCGGGAGAGAGAGAGAGAGAGGGCGGGUGUGCGCGCGCGCCAGCCAGCGAGCGAGCGAGCGGCAGGCAGCGGCGGCUUCAGUUAUAGCAACUGUUGCCUUGUGAAUAAAGCGCCGUAGUCCUGGCGACUGUUACCCACCAACAACUGCUCACAACAACAGCAACCCAGAUUUCUGUCAAUUUCAGUGCCAGAGCCUAGAGGUGAACAGCAGAAGUCACAAUAUGCUGCCCAGGCCAUGUUGACAGAGGAGGAAACUCCUUCACUAAAGUUGUUUGGGAGGAAGUAUCGAUAAGCUGUCAACACUUAAAGUUGAUGAGGCACCAGGACUGGCUGAGCUGUAUCCAAGGACAUUGAAGGAAGCAAAAGUGGAAAUUGCAGUGUCACUGGCGAUAAUCUUUCACUCUUCUCUAGAUCCUAGAUGCUGCCAAACCUACUGAAUUUCCUCAGCAUUUCCUAUUUGUCUUUAUGGUUAAUGAGAAAUCAAGCCCAAAUCAAGAUGCAAAAGUCAAAGCAUUUAUCAAAGUUGAUUUGAUGGGCCUAGACGGGCACACUCAGUGGUGUUGAGUUUGUUGAAGAAAAAGAACAAUGGAAAGUUAAUGGAGUCCAAGGGCACCCCUGACUGGAGGGAUGCAGGAGAACUGCGUAAGAUGGGCAGUGUGGUUGGUGGCCAGCAAUAACGAACCCAAUAUGCAGACCUCUGAGGCUGGUUCAGACACCACAUCAACAGUGACUUUACAGACCUCAGUUGCAGGACAGCAGGCAGUGCAGGCCCAAGUGGUACAACAAGUACCCGUUCAGCAGCAGGUACAACAGGUGCAGCACGUUUACCCAACCCAGGUGCAGUAUGUGGAAGGGAGUGAUGCUGUUUACACCAAUGGAACUAUACGCUCAACUACCUACCCUUACUCAGAGGCCCAAAUGUAUAGCCAGAACGCGGGAGGAACAUAUUUCGACUCCCAAGGAAAUUCUGCCCAGGUGACAACAGUGGUCUCGUCCCACAACAUGGUGGGCACUGGCGGUAUUCCAAUGGGCGUUACAGGCGGUCAGAUAAUCAGCAGCUCAGGGGGUGCCUAUCUCAUCGGCAGCUCAAUGGAUGGAUCUAAUCACCCAGUUAGCCACACGACACGUGCUUCUCCAGCAACUAUUGAAAUGGCGAUUGAGACACUCCAAAAGUCUGAUGGUUUGACAGCUCACAGAAGUACUCUUCUCAACAGCCAUGCAGGGAUGCUACCACUGAACCAAGCUGAUACAUUGAAGAAAGUGGAAGUGGACACUUGGAAGAAAGCUGUUUUGCUUCAAUGGUUAUUGGACAACUAUGAGACAGCAGAAGGUGUCAGCCUUCCUCGAAGUACUCUUUACAACCACUAUCUGCGUCAUUGUCAGGAACAGAAGCUUGAUCCAGUCAAUGCAGCUUCUUUUGGAAAACUCAUUCGUUCCAUUUUCAUGGGUUUGCGCACUAGGCGUCUCGGCACAAGGGGAAACUCUAAAUAUCACUAUUAUGGCAUCCGGAUUAAACCAGACUCCCCACUAAAUCGCUUACAGGAGGACAUGCAGUACAUGGCUAUGAGACAACAACCAAUGCAUCAAAAGCAGAGAUAUAAACCUAUGCAGAAGUUGGAUGGAAUGGGAGAUGGCUUUGCAGGAAGUGGCCAACAGAUUCCUAACUCUGCAGAGCAAACCAUUGUAGCACAGAGUCAACACCAUCAGCAGUUUCUUGAUGCCUCUCGCGCUCUUCCUGAAUUUGUAGAACUUGAGGUUGCAGAUAUUCCAUUAUUGGAUGGCAUCACCCUUGAGGAUAUCAGAACAUUACAGAUUCUUUAUAGAGAGCACUGUGAGGCAAUACUGGAUGUUGUGGUGAAUCUUCAGUUUAGCCUAAUUGAAAAGUUAUGGCAAACAUUCUGGCACUAUAGUUCAUCAACUUCAACUGAAGGGACAACUAUCAGUCAAACUAGUGAGAAUGAGAUAGAAGGUAGACUCCCGAAGGCAAAGCUCACUGCUCUGUGCAAGAAUGACUCCGUCCUCAAGUGGAUGUGUACCUGCGAUCAUAUAAUGUACCAGGCUUUGGUGGAAAUCCUUAUUCCAGACGUCCUUAGACCUAUUCCUAGUGCCUUGACCCAAGCCGUUCGCAAUUUUGCAAAAAGCCUCGAAGGAUGGCUGACAAAUGCCAUGAACAAUAUUCCACAGCAAAUGGUUCGCACCAAGGUUGGAGCUGUAAGUGCCUUUGCUCAGACACUGCGUAGAUAUACGUCCCUCAAUCAUUUAGCUCAAGCUGCUCGAGCUGUGCUGCAAAACACAUCUCAAAUUAACCAGAUGCUCAGUGACCUCAAUCGUGUAGACUUCGCCAAUGUCCAGGAGCAGGCUUCCUGGGUGUGUCAGUGCGAUGACAGCACAGUACAAAGACUGGAACAUGACUUCAAGAUGACCCUCCAGCAGCAAAGUACCCUGGAGCAGUGGGCUGCUUGGCUUGAUAAUGUGGUAACACAGGUGUUGAAGCCAUAUGAAGGAAGUCCUAAUUUUCCCAAAGCUGCCCGUCAAUUCCUGCUUAAGUGGUCCUUUUAUAGUUCCAUGGUUAUCCGAGACCUGACCCUACGGAGUGCAGCAAGUUUUGGUUCUUUCCAUCUGAUUCGUCUGUUAUAUGAUGAAUAUAUGUUUUAUCUGGUGGAACACAGAGUGGCUCAAGCUACUGGGGAAACACCUAUAGCAGUGAUGGGAGAGUUUACUGAUCUCAGUGGUAUGUCCCCAGUAAACAUGGAUAAAGAUGAAGGAAGUGAGGUUGACAGCGAAAUGGAUGAUGAAUUGGAAGAUUCUGGAGAACCACCAUUCAAGAGGGAAAAAAUAGACCUUAACCAGACACUACAGGGUGUCUGUGUAGCACCAUCUCUCAACAGCAGCAUGCAACACGACCCUCUGAUCCCUCUACAUGCUGAACAAAUCAUUACAAGUGUGGCUAGUGCCAGGCACUGCAGCACUGUUGGAAGCACAUACACGGCAGUCUAAACAAUAAUUUGACCAUUCGUUGAUUAUCCUUCUCUUAUUUACUUCAAGCCUGAAGUCUGACUGUGUUGUGGCUUCAGCUAUUGAGAUGACACAUACUGCUAUGCUGAAUGUUACUCUCAUACACUAACUAGGUGUAUAUAGGUUUUGUUUUUGGAUUAUGUUUGGUCCCAUAUUGAUCAUGUUGACUAAAGGGACUCAGUAGACAUUGCAAUUGUAAUUGAUGAACUUCUAACAGUAUAAGUUGUUUUGUUUAGUUCAGUUUUUGAUUGAAAAUAUAUUCUUAUACAUGCGACAGGAUAUGCUCACUUGACAGCAGAAGUACCUAAAGGUCAGGGCUAGAAUCCAACAAUAUCCUGUUAUCUCACUGCUGAUUUUAUCUUUCUUUUGGUUUGAAUCUGUUUCAAAAGGAUCCAGGAUUAUAGUUCUGCUGCGUUGUUUGAAUGCACUUGAAUAAGUUACAAUCGGACAAAGCUGUACUUAUCACUACUUAUACAUUAGGUGGUUCCAUCAUUCAUGCAUUAUGUGUAUUUUAGAAAUAACUUAAGCCAAACAUUGUAAUGAAUGAGUAAUGGUUACUUUUUGGAUUGGAGACGUGGCAUUGUAAUCAUCAACAGUAUUUUUGACCAAAGUGUUUGCUUAAGUAACAAUUCUUGUGCCUCACCACCAUUAAUGCCUCAGAUUUCUAGUAAUUUUGCUGUUACCUCAAAGAUUAGUGUUACUACAUUCUAUUAAUUUAUGACCAGAGCACCUAAAAUCCUCAAUGUUUCUGCCCAUGUUAUUCCAGGAAAUAUUUCUUUGUUGCAAGCAAUUUUCCAUAAAAUUGUAAGUUUCCUUUCAGAAGUUGCAUGCAGAAAAUCACUUUUCUGCCUUUUAUCACAAUUGCUGGUCUGAACAAGUAACUGGGUUGUUGUACUGGAUUCUAACCAUGAAGCAGUUUAUUUCAGCAUAUUGAUGUGCUCUAAGCUUUGACCACAAAUAUUUGACUGUUACACAUACAGGAAUAUAAUUUUUUUCUGUCAAAUUAAUGGACCAGACUUCUGCUGUUGAAGAUUUUAGAAUGUAGAUUUAUGGUUGAAGUUGAAAGCUUGAGAGAGGAGGCCGUGUUCAUUGUUACUGGCCUCCUAAAACUGUACUGUAUUUAAAAUUCGUCAAAAAUCAAAAUCUAUUCAAUUCUUUAAAACAACUUCCUACCUUUGCAGAAAGUUCAAUGGAGUUCCCUUUGAAACAUCAAAGUUUUGAAUGCUACUGAUUUGCAAAGUAGUGCAGCCAUAUUUAAAAACUAGAUUAGUUUAAUAACCAUUUUUUGGGAAAAAGUGUUAAUGAUAAAGGCUGCAGUAUGUGAUAAAAUAUGUUGCAUUUGUUUCAGUUAUGAUUAUACUUUCUGGGUGAGGUCUUGCUAGACCAACAAAAAGUAUACCGUUUCAUUUGAAGUCCACUGUACCUGUGAAUAAUGUGAGGAUAGACUGAAAUCAAUCAUUGCGAAUUGAUUUGUCUGUUCCAUCUGUUUUGCUGUAGUGUCUUUAGCUGCUAUGAUAAGACUUUAUGAGGGGUUGGCCAAUACUGCCUGUUACCAGUACUUCAACACUUUUUCAUUGGUUAACUGAUGUAACCACGGCUGUUUGUUUUCCAUUCAAUAAGACAACAACAUUAAGAAAUUGAAUUGAAAUUUUAAACAUAGGAAAUUUUAAGAUGGAUAAGUGUAGAAAUUUGAUUUUGUGAAAAUUUUGAAUAUGUAUCAUAUAUAUAAAAAUAUACAUAUAUUCAAAUUUGGUUAAAACUAGCAUGAUUACUAUUUAAGAACUGUGAUAUCUGAGCUGAUUUCAGCAGCUGUAUUAGCCAACUCCUCAGUGUAACUACAGAAGACAAGAAUGUAGCACUCAGCAUAGUCUUGGCAGCUUUACGUUGAGUUUUCUAUGUGGUCUGUGUGGUUGUCAAAGAUGACGAGACCAAAAGUACUGUAGCUGGCACACCUCACACAUACUCAUCAAUUCUGUAGGAACAGACUUGGUAGGCAAUUAAAUGCCACUUCAGGAAUGUAUGUCAGGGAUUACUGUACCUCGGCUAUUACACAGUGCCUUAAACAGUUAUGGAAAGAGUUAAUUUUUGUAGUUCAGCAAGGUGUGCCUGCUGUUUUUCUACUACCCACAGGGGAAACUAUGGAAUGGAAGCUCGAGUGAUGAUUCUUAGUUAGAAACCUAUGUCUUUUUCUUACACUAAGAAUGAGUAUAUUUGUCUUAUGAAGCCAUGAGGAAUGAGUAAGUAUAUGCAUUAAUCAGAACUUGAGAUACAUUUCAGUUGCAUUAUCCAAAAAGCAUACAGUGUCUGAAGAUUGUAGAAAUCUAGAAACGACUAAUUAAUGCAAAAUACUUCACUCAUUUUUAGCAUAUCUAUAGAAAAACCAAUUCUAAACAUCUAUUGACAAAGGCAUUGUGCACAUUUUUUCCCUCAUAUAAUUACCUAGAAUUUUACAAGACUCUCAGUAUAUUCUCUACUUAUUGUGAAUAUGGAUCCUGACUAAAUGAAAGUGCAGUUUGCACUUUCUCUGGAUAAAUAUGUUUUAAACCGUCCUAUAUGAUAGUAGUGUUUUCACAAAUUUGCCUCAAUUUCGGAAAAUAUGUAGUCCCUUUUGGGGGAGGAUGGAGAUCAUUAGUGAUUACAUCUUUUAUUGAGCCUUUGGAGAAACCUGCUCGAUGAUUAGUUAUUUUUAAAGUUUAAGACAAGAGGAAAACCUGCUUCCUGUAAUGCACAAUGACUCUGUUCAUUUUCAGAUAAGGUACUUUUCAGUACUGUGAGACAGUAAGACACAUAUGUGCCGUUAAACGAAUUGGCAAGUAACAGUGUACACUUUGCAAAGGGUUUCUUUGAAGCCAAUAAUGUUUACAAACUUUCUUGAGGUACAAUUAAAAAUUCUGAAGAACACUCCAACUGCCUCCCCUCACCACCCUAUCCAAGAAAGGGGUCACAUUGGCUUUUUAACAGCAGACUUUUUAAAGAAAAUAUCUAUAUGUUAAAUUUCAGGCAAGACAAAUCAAUUAAACAUGGCAAAUGUUUAAAGUCUUUGCUUUUCUAAACUGCAAAAAGUCCAAAAGUCAUUGAUCGCUUUGAAAUGGUUUUAUCAAACAAAUUAACUUAGGUUAAUGCAAACAUACUCAUUCUUUUCAAUGUCAUUGAUUUUGAUGCUGAUCAGCACCAACCAAGUUAAGGCCAUUAGGCAGCUUCACCUGCCUCUUGGGGAAGAUUCUCCUUAAUCCUGUUUUCUGUGCUUUAACACCAAACAUCAAAGGUUUGUUUUUCAAUAUAUUUAAAGUCUUAAUGGUAUUCAAAACAAUUUGGGUCAUUUGUUUCAUAAACAUUCUGCCCCUUCAAUCUUCAAAAAAAAACAAACCUUACUUAUUUCUGUCUUAUGUUAACAUUUACAUACUGUUCUGGACCAAAAUGUGUUUAUAUGGUGUGUUUGUAAUGGUUAAGGAAAGCCUUCUAUAUAUUUCUUUUCUUUGUACUUUUUUUUAAAAAAGUGUUUAGUUUGUUGUGCUGCAGAUAUAUUUGGAUCGUAAUGUGCAAUUUAGAGAGUUGUUAAGGGGCUGAUGGGGGAAUGGGGUUUGUCUGUAGACCCCGUGUUAACAACAAACUGUAGUUCUGUGGAACAGAACACACACUGCUCUGUUUAAUCAAUAGACUCCUUGAACUUGGUAGAAAUGGGCAUUUUACCUGGUAUAAAAACUGGAAUUGAAGCAUGACCUUUAUAUUGAGUUUCAGUACUGAUGGAUAAUGGUCCAAUAAAUUGUUCUCAUACGUGAAGGUAUGCAAUGAAAGCUCUGUGUUUUGGCAGUAGAAGUGCUUCUCAGUCUGCAUGCCUUUCUAUAUGCUGCUAGAUUGUGGUUUUUGUUUUGGUGCCAGCUAGGUAACCACAUUUUAAUUUUUCGCACUUUUUUUCCUGCUUACACCAUCAUAUUUCAAACAGCCACUUACAGUGAAUUAUUUCAGCCUUUAUUAAAAAAUAUACAUAACUGAAGUGCAAAUCCAUUUCCGCCCUAUUGUAGCGUUUACUAGUGUGCUUAAACUACUUUUUUUUUGCCAAAUCUUAUGAUGUGGAAGAUAGAAGCACUGAAUGGUGGUAAUAUUUUGACAUACUUACAUGGUAUUGCUAGUUAUCAAUUUGUUUAAAUUUCAAAAAUUAUAUUAGCAUCCAGUGAUUAUGAUUGAGAAUGUUAAAGUCCAGCUAAUUUGGGAAUAAUUACUAUUAUUUUUUUAAAAUCUAUCAUUAAUAACUCCAUUCUUUCACUUCCUGGGUAAUUUUGCUGUAUGUCAGAUUGGGAUGUCUGGUCAGUGCGGACAACUCGAACUGAAGGGUCUGUUUCCAUGCUUUAUGGCUCCUUUCUGUGUCAAAUGCACAUACCUGCUGACCAUGUCCUCCACUGAUAUCCUGAACUCAAGCCUUUUCUGAAGGUGUUCUUCUAGCCAUUACGAGGUGUGCAAAAAUGGAAUCCUAGCCACUAGAUUGAUGGUAGAGAGAUUUCUUGUGCAGAGAAUACGAUUAAUAGAAGAAGAGAAUACAUUUCUCAUUGUUCCAUGACCCAGUACAAAAGUUGAAGUUCUGGAGAGCUGAACAGGAAAGGGAAGUUUAGGUUACAGCCUGGUCAGCCAUGAUCUUGUUGAAUGAUGAGGCUGCUGUAAGGGACCUGUUCCUAUUUCAAAUGGUUGUGUAGUAUGGCAUUAGUAGCUGCUCUGUUCCUGUUUUUGAAAUGGUUAGAAUAAGAUUCAAUGAUCAGAAUUACCCUGGCAAGUUUUAAUCCAAGAAUCAGAGGCACAUGUUACAUAUUGAAAGGUUUUUACAGUUAGGUCUUUAGAAUUAAGAAAAAUAUUACUUUGCUGUUUACAAAAUAAAAUGCCAAGUCUUUUUAUCUUUUAUUGAACAAUUAUAGUUUCUGAACUUUGCUAGAAAGCAUGAUUCUUGAAAACUAAAUAUUUAAUGUGUGUAAUUUAAUUCAUUCGUAUCUUAGUUUGCUUAUUAAAAUAUGUUACCAUCGUAAUUGCAUUCCUUUAAGGACCAAUGGAAUCAAUCAACUUAUUCCUUUGAAUCCACAACUAGUAAUUGCACUCAGAUUUGGAAGCAGCAGGGCACCUUUUCAUUAUAUUUGUUUCCAGCCAUUGAGUAUCUAUAGGGAGCAUUAAGGAAGAUAUAUAUUUAUUUCAGUUUUGGAUAUUAAAAUAGAUACGGUGGUUCCACAGUGGUUUUGUUUUUAAGAUUUUGAGAGUAUUUUUACUCAUGGUCAAAACAAGAAGAUCAUAAGAAACAUUUCUAUAAUGGCAAGGACAUUUUUCAGAAGGCAAUUACAAUAGUACCUGACUGUGAUUUUUGCUUUGGUGCCAGCUGGGUAACUGAUUAGUUUAACAAAUAAUUAAAACAAAUAAGAAAUUCUGUUCAAUAUGUUUCAGAAUUGAGCAUGAGCAUAUUCCUUUUCCUUGUUUUACAUUCCUUUCUUGUGGUUUCUUUUCUUCUGACGGCUCCUUGAGCACAGGAAAUCUGUUUCUAUGGCUCUCUGUCUAUGCUGUCUUCUCACUGUCCAUUAGAAUGAGAGAGAGACUGGCUCACAUUCAUAGGCUUUCACAAAGAAAAUUAUCUCUGAGAGAAGCAUUCGGCUGUCAUAACUCAUCUUUCCAUGUCCCUGCUUACCUCUCAAAUUAUUCCAGACCAUUUACCUCCACUACCCUCCCUGAAUAGACAAUUCCAAAUAUCAGAUUCCUGUAGCCUGAAGAAACGCACCUUAGCUUCAGUACUGAAAGUUUCUACUACCAGAUUACAUAUUUGAUUCACAGUUCAAUUGGAACUUGAAAUAAUAUGUUGAGUUUAAUUUUUUUUAUCUUUGUUAGUACUUUUCUGGUAAUAAGGUGCCCUCUCAUACCCUCUGUUCAACAUUUACAAGCCAAAAACCAUCAAAGCUUUUAACACUGUCAAGUGGAAUAACAGACAAUGUGAAAUUGAUUAUCCAUUUCCAAUCUGAUUUUCCUUGUCAAUAACUGUAAUAUUGGAAAGAGAAAUGGUCCUUCAGCGUAUUUAGCUUGCUAUCGUCUAACUCAGGGCCCUGUCUAGCUUAUUUCUCCCAAUUUAUCUCUAUUGCUUUGUUUUUUUUUGAAGCUUAGAGUUCAAGUUAGAGGGCAGUGUGAUGGUGUUAAAAUAUAAGAGUCCAGUAGAGGAUGGGGCAUUCUGGGAACUUAGGGAUUCAAAGACUUUGCCGAUGUUGACAAAGCCAGAUUCCCAGCUAGAUUCACUACCUACCCAUUUGACAACUGUAUGGAAGAGGCUGUAGCUUAGGAUCCAUGGGAAUAAUCCCUGGAACAAUCCAGACACUGUUCUGAAGGCAAUUCCAUCUUCAUCAGGAGGAAGCUGGGACUUGGAAAGCCUAAGGAAUCUUUGUGGGGCCUGAAUGGAGCACUGAUGUUCAAGCCCACAAGGAAUGUAGAGUCAUAGAAUCCCUACAAUGCAGAAAGAGGCCAUUCAGCCCAUCGAGUCUGCAUAGACCCUCCAAAGAACAUUCUAUCCAGGCUCUCAACACCCCCCGCCCCAAACCACCACCACCCUACCCAUAUACCCCUGCAUGUCCCAUGGCCAGUCCACCUAACCUGCACAUCUUUAGACUGUGGGAGGAAAUUGGAUCGCCUGGAGGAAACCCACA